UAACAAAAAGAACAAAUAAAUUAAGAAUGGAAGACCCAAUUAGCAAAAUAUCUUAAACAGGGCCCAAAUAGCAAAAAGGGUCAAAAGCCAGCCUCAAAACAAACUCUGGUGUGGUGGUCUAGCGAAGAGGAAGAGCACAGUGACGAUGAUGAAACAAUUGAUUGCUUUGGUGCUCACUGUUUGCUUUUUAACUGCAUCUUUAACUGCUUUUCAAUCAGAUGAGCUUCUAGUAGACGACGAAGAGUUUGUUGGCAUCGGAAGAGCAUCAUCUCAACCGCGUUCUUCUUCUGAUUCUACAUACACCACCAGAUCAUCACCUACUCCUACAACUACUCGACGUAAGUUUUCCGAUCCGGAUUUGGAUUCGAAGAUCCAAUUCACGCUCGAACACGCUUUUGGUGAUUCCGAUUUUGUCCCCGCCGGUACCUUUUCCGCUCGCCUCAAAACUUGGAACCAUGGCAGCCAGACACUCACGAAGCUAAGAUUUUCUAGAAAUACCCUUACUGAUGUGGAAAAGGAAAAUUUUGAGAAAUUGCUGGUUGGAGAUGAGUUUUACAAGAUAAGAUUGCCGUCUAAUGUAUUGAGUCCACCUGGAAGAGAUUAUGUUGUUUCAUCAGUGAAAGCAAGGUGUCUUCCACGGGAGGGUCUGGAUGAGCAUUUUGUCAUACACAUGGAAGGUGUUAAUAUCUUGGCUGUCAAUUAUGGUGCCCCUGGGGCAUGCCCAUACCCUCGCCAAAUGAAACUUCCUGCAAAAUGGUCAUUCAACAGCCAUACAGUGCUGAAGAGCAGUGAACAGGCCCCGAGGACUCCAAUAUUUACUGAGGAGACCCUUGGAGAAAAUGGAGAGGCUGAAACUAUUGCACCACCAGAAAGGUCCUUCUGGGCUAAAUAUUGGAUGUACAUGAUUCCUCUUGGACUCAUAGUGAUGAAUGCCAUAACCCAAGCAAUGAAUAUGCCCGAGGAACAAGCGACCGGCCAGGCAGGUGGGCAGCCAGCAGGAGCAGUCCAGCGAGGGCCAAGUACUGCUGUGAGAAGAAGAUGAUGGGUUUAUUUAAAGCGUCCUGAAAGUUUUACUUCUGACAAAGCCUAGAGCAGUAGAAUUUUGGUUUCCUUAAUGUUAAAUCAUCCAUAGCAAUUGUAGUUACAGUACUUAAAGAGCUAUUUUUUAAUGAUUGAUUACUACUUCAGUAGGAACA